GGCACAGAAACGCUUCUAGAACAGAUUCAACCAACCGUGCGUGAAUUGUGUCGAUAAACGAAGAAGCUAUUUUUCAUCAAGUUACAGUCGGAAAUGUUUCGACAAACAUUUUUGCUGGGGAUUCUCGUCGUUUGGGGUGUCCAUGGAGACUUUUUCAACGACUUAACUCUAUUCCAUAAUUUGGAACCUCCACUGCAACCAUUCCCCUGGGAAAGACCUGCAGUAGGAAUAGUGGUUGGAAAACAACGCAGCGUAGAAUCAUCACCCCUUGAAAAAGAUCGUGAACCUCUUGGUCCAGAUUACAGAGAUCCUGUCGCAGCCGGUUCAGAAGAUAAACCUGUUGUCACAGAUGGAUCAAAGACCAACAAAGACACACCGGUCUUGAAUCCCAAGAAAGAAAAUCAAGGUCCAAAACAUCCAAUAAACCCAAUACUUCCUGGCGGAGUUAUUGAUGUCCAGGCUGGAAGCUUCCCAUCGUUUUCCAGUCCAUUCGGGCCUGAGUUUGAUUUUCCCGCUUUGCCAGGUUUGGAAAAACCCGGUAGCGGAUUUGGUUUUGGAGGAUUGUUUGGAAUCGGUGAUGGACAAAGAUGGUGGAAAGGAAAAAAUGUAUGCAUUGAACGCGAGGAGAGUACCGACGAUGACGAUGACCAAGAGGACGACUUAGAAAAGAAGAAUAAAACAGAAAAAGUUGAAGAACCGAACAUUUUCUCUACUUCGAUUCGUUUGUCCAACUGUUUCGAGACAGAGAAUAAAUACGAAUGCAUCACCAAGAUCAACAACCACGGCGUGGUGAAGACCUUCACGGUACGCUACAAGUGCUGCUACGGCUACAAAAGGACACCACAAUCUGGCGGAUGCGUAAAACAAGGUGAACUAAAACCCAUUUUGCAAACCUUAGAUGACCUUAAAUUGGGCGAGUUUAGGACUCUGAUCAAGUCCAGUGGAUUGGAUGAUACUGUUAAGGAUGGAAACUAUACCUUGUUUGUACCUUCGGAUGAUGCUAUUCAUGAUUACAACGAUAAAAUCAAUGAUAUGAAUAAAGUGGACCUGGCGAGAAGAAGACGUGCUGUCAGUCCAUUAAGCUCAAAAGAUUUUGUUUUAAGUCAUUUAACAGAUGGCUUUGUUGAAUUGGGAGAUCUUCAGAAUGAAGCAAAGUUGCCUAGUGAGGAUGACAAGAAAUCACCAAUUAGGAUCAACAUCUAUCCAACUCACACUUAUGAAAAGAUGCUCACGGCCAAUUGCGCCAGAGUUAAGAAAGGCAAUAUUCUAGCAGAUAACGGCAUAGUCCAUAUCUUGGACAAAGUGGUAACUCCAGCUACCGACUCCAUUCAACAAAUUAUUGACAAUCAUCCCAAACUAACCACAUUUAAAAGAGUGGUAGGAAAUACGGAUAUUCCUAAACAUUUCAAACCUGAAGGCCACUACACCAUUUUUGCUCCUACCGAUGAGGCUUUCAAUAAACUUGACGAAAUCCAAAGACAGAAACUUUUAAAUGGUGGAGGAUGUGCAUCAAAUAUCCUGAAGCACCAUAUUGUGGCUCACACCGUAUGCUCAUCAGCGAUUAUCGGAAAUGCUACUACACAUAAUGUUGAAGGAAUCAAUCUGAAUAUGGAAAGAACAUUGGAUGAUGAACUGAUCUUUGAAGAAAAAGCUAAGAUUGUUGAAUCCGAUGUUAUUGGAACUAACGGCGUUAUCCAUUUGAUCGACACUUUGAUUAUUCCUGAUUCAGGUCAAUACAUUGGUAAUGUAUUAAAAUCACACCACUUCGACAAAUUUCAAGAACUGGUUGAGAAAGCUGGAAUGACCAGCGAAUUGAACAACUUCGACAAUGCUACUGUCUUUGUUCCCACUGACAAAGCAUUCGAAAAUCCCCACGCUCAGAAAUACUUGGAAAAGAUUGGAGACGACAAGGAAAAACUUAAGGAAUUAAUAAAAUAUCACAUAAUCGAUGGAGAAAUUGAAUCGAACGAUAUGAGCAACAACAUGAAAAUCGCUACCAAAGAUGAAGGAAAGGAACUUAGAGUUAAUUUGUAUUCAACUCUUCCAUUAUUUACCAACGUUAUAAACAGAGCUACGAUCAACUGCGCAAGACUAAUUGGUUUUGAUGAGAAGACUUGUGGAUCUGUCGUACACGAAGUCAAUAGACUUCUAGUACCGCCAACUAAAACGAUUUUGGACCUGAUUAACGAAGACGAACGUUACUCGACUUUGAAGCAACUGCUUAAAGAUACCGAAGUUGAAAAGGUGUUGCAGGAAAAUAACAGAUCGAUCACAUUCCUAGCUCCUACUGACGAAACUUUUGCCACCUUGGAAGAGGUCGACAGAAAAAUGCUUUUGGAAAACAAAGAAAAAGCUGAGGAAGUGUUGAAAAUGCAUGUCUUAACAGAGGUGUUAUGCUGUUCUGGAGUUGGUCCACAUACAUGGGGCUUCAACAGCUUCGUUCCAACCUUAGGCAGUCAGCGUGUUGAAGUUGGCAGAACCGGAAGUCAAGUCAGAGUAAACAGGGCUGUGGUGACCAGCUGCGACAAUCUAGCAACCAACGGCGUUUUGCACACUAUUAACAAAGUUCUAGCACCCAAGAAACCAGCCGUUGCUACCAUCGGCGGUGGAUUCUUCUUGUUUGAUUUGUAAAAAAGUGAUUUUUGAAGUAUACAUGUAAUAAUGAUCGAACUAAAAGAAUCUAAUCAGGACUGAAAAGAUGAGAAUGAUCAUGAUGGUCAGUGAUAUAUUUUAUAGCUUUCGUGACUGAAUUGUUGUACUUUUUUAUUGUGUUUGUUACAAAUGCUAGAGGUAUUUUUAAUUUAAGAUAUUAUUAAUAAUAAUCUAUAAUAUUUAUUUUAUUUUUAUGAGUUUUAGGUUUUACUAAAUAAAUUUAAUUAAGAUA